AACAAUUUCUGGUAGGCUGUACACUGAUAAAUGUAAUGCUGCCCCCCACAGUUUGAAGUUCUUCAACACAGCCCUCCAAAAUAAUCCUCAUUCUUUUGUUCUUGGGCUUGUUCUUUAAUCUUCCCCCGCUCCCCUUCCACCCUUUGGGCUCUGUAGGGACAGUUUGCGCUGCCAUCACGUGCUUUGAUGUCUUUGAAGAGGCUUUAUGGUUUUGAUGUGGUAAUGGCUUUGAAGAUUUAUAUAUAUAUACCCCUAACCUGAGGUCUCAACAUUUCAUUGCCACUUUUGCCAAUCUUUGGACACGCGCUGGAGUAGAACACAGAGAAAUUGACUGCUCAAAGAAAACAACAUCUUUUGAAAGCAUGAGACAAGAAAUUGAAGCUGUGCUGAUUUACCUGAAGAGGCUCCUGAAAAGGUCUGGGAAACUGGAACCGCCCAAGGCCAAACUGUUUCUUGAGAGGCUGGGUGCUGCGCUGCAGGAGAAGUUCAGAGGACACUGGUACCCUGAAAACCCCAGCAAAGGACAGGCAUACAGGUGCAUCCGGGUCAACAGGUUCAGCAGAGAGGAUCCAGUGCUGCUUCAGGCCUGCAGAGAGAGUGGAGUUCAGUACAGUGACCUGGGACUGCCCCGUGAACUCACGCUGUGGAUAGAUCCUGGAGAAGUCUGCUGCAGAUAUGGAGAAGGAAGUACUGUUCUAAGGAAUUAACCCCAAUGUGGAGUGGUGACCAGGGAAAAUGGUUUCCUGUGAAAGGUGACAUUCAUCCAUGUCGUUUCAUGCCUUUCUGGAGAUGAGGUCGGGACUCGCAGACUGUAGAAUUUGUCUUUGUUGGAUGGAUGGACUUAAAUAAAUGUAUCAAUGGAUAGAACUCCUCAGCUUUGUGUAUGUGUGAAGCAGCAGCCACACACAAGCAUUUUUAUUAAUAAAAUAUCAAUACUUGGCAUCUGGGUAUUGAUACAAUUUUGCCACACAAAAUAUCACAAUGCUAUGCUGUAUCGAUUUAAUAUCAUCAAUUUACUUAUAUUAAUGCACAAUCAGAGUUCUCAUUAGAUUUCAAAUCAACUAAUUUCUGUUUUGUUAAUUUGUUUUGUAGUGUUAUUGUUAUUGUUAUUGUUAUCGACUAUUGGGUUAUAUUUGUAUGUUAAUAGCAGCAUCUCUGUUAUGUAAGGUGUCUGUUUACACAUUCAAUAAAGUCAAUUUUGUCAUGA